UGCGCAGAGCGGAGCCGAAGGGGAAGCUUGGGGGCAGUUAGGCUCGAGCCGUUCGGGGUGGGCUCGUGGGUAGGAGGGUGAACGUGUGUACGGGCGGCGGCACUGGCGACGACGGUUGGAUUCAAAUUUGAAUGUGCUCUCGAGCGCCGCGGCGACGAUCAAGAUGCCGAGUAAUAAAUUGGAGAAGAUUGACCGCGUUGAGGCUAGCGAUAACGUGAAGGUUGUGGUACGCUGCAGGCCGAUGAAUGAGAAGGAAAGAAAUAUGGGACACAAACAAGUCGUGAAUGUGGAUGAGAUGCGAGGAACAAUCACAGUCUACAAGACAGAUGCUGCUAAUGAGCCUCCAAAAACAUUCACUUUUGAUACAGUUUUUGGCCCAGAGAGCAAACAAGUUGAUGUGUACAAUCUCACUGCAAGACCAAUUGUUGAUUCAGUUCUAGAAGGAUACAAUGGCACCGUGUUUGCUUAUGGACAAACAGGCACUGGCAAAACAUUUACUAUGGAAGGAGUACGUGCUGUACCUGAACUUAGGGGCAUUAUUCCCAAUUCGUUUGCUCAUAUAUUUGGACACAUUGCAAAGUCUGAGGGUGACACCAGGUUCCUUGUUCGAGUGUCUUAUCUGGAGAUUUAUAAUGAAGAGGUUCGUGACCUUCUUGGAAAGGAUCAAAGUCAGAGACUAGAGGUUAAGGAACGGCCUGAUGUUGGAGUGUACAUUAAAGAUCUUUCUGGUUAUGUGGUAAACAAUGCAGAUGAUAUGGAUCGUAUUAUGACUUUGGGGAAUAAAAACCGUUCUGUUGGUGCUACCAAUAUGAACGAACAUAGUUCCCGCUCUCAUGCUAUUUUUACUAUUACCAUCGAGUGCAGUGAAAAAGGAAUUGAUGGAAAUAUUCAUGUUCGCAUGGGCAAACUGCACCUUGUUGAUCUUGCAGGUUCUGAAAGACAAGGAAAGACUGGAGCCACAGGACAGCGAUUAAAAGAAGCAACAAAGAUCAACCUCUCAUUGUCCACCUUGGGUAAUGUUAUCUCUGCUCUUGUUGAUGGUAAAAGUACACAUGUGCCCUAUCGUAACUCUAAACUGACACGUCUACUCCAGGAUUCAUUGGGAGGCAAUUCAAAGACGAUGAUGUGUGCAAACAUUGGGCCAGCAGAUUACAAUUACGAUGAGACUAUCAGUACUUUACGCUAUGCAAACAGAGCAAAGAAUAUCAAAAAUAAAGCCAGAAUUAAUGAAGAUCCCAAAGAUGCAUUGUUGCGCCAAUUCCAGAAGGAAAUUGAGGAUCUUAGAAAUAAGCUAAAAGAAGGUGAAGAAAUCUCUGGUUCAGAAAUGAGUGGCUCUGAAGACGAUGAUGAAGAAGGUGAAAAUGGAGAAGGAGGAGAGAAGAAAAAGAAGCGAAAAGAUCAAACAGGAAGAAAGAAGGUAUCUCCGGAAAAGAUGGCAGAAAUGCAAGCAAAGAUUGAUGAAGAGAGAAAAGUUCUUGAAGCUAAGCUUGACAUAGAGGAGGAAGAAAGGAAUAAAGCCAGAGCAGAACUAGAGAAAAGAGAGAAAGAUCUGCUGAAAGCACAGCAGGAGCAUCAGACCUUGUUAGAAAAAUUGUCAGCUCUAGAAAAAAAGGUGAUUGUAGGAGGAGUGGAUCUUCUGGCCAAAGCUGAAGAACAAGAGAGACUACUAGAUGAGUCAAAUUGCGAGCUUGAAGCGCGCCGGAACCGAGCAGAGCAGCUUCGGAAAGAGCUGGAGGAAAAAGAGCAAGAACGUUUGGACAUUGAGGAGAAAUACACCAGUUUGCAGGAGGAGGCUCAGGGCAAAACAAAGAAACUGAAGAAAGUCUGGACAAUGCUCAUGGCAGCAAAGUCUGAGAUGGCAGACUUGCAGCAAGAACACCAACGUGAAAUUGAAGGACUGCUGGAGAAUAUAAGACAGCUGAGCCGUGAACUUCGUCUCCAGAUGCUCAUUAUUGAGAAUUUUAUUCCUCAAGAAUACCAGGAGAUGAUUGAGAACUAUGUACACUGGAAUGAAGACAUUGGAGAGUGGCAGUUGAAAUGUGUGGCGUACACAGGAAACAACAUGAGAAAACAGACUCCAGUAGCAGACAAAAAAGAAAAAGAUCCAUUUGAAGUGGAUUUGUCACAUGUUUACUUGGCUUACACUGAAGAAAGUCUGCGACAGUCAUUAAUGAAGUUGGAGAGGCCAAGAACCUCAAAGGGAGGGAAAUCCAGACCCAAGACGGGCAGAAAGAAACGAUCUACAAAAUCUGAAGCUGGAAUUGAAACCCUUCUUCAGUGAUCAAUAGAUGAGACUGGCUAGAUGCAUGGACCAGAUUUUAGAUGGAUAAGGUUUCCAGGAUGAUGAAAAUUGAUAGAUGUGACAAGAACAGCAAGUUGUCGCUUUUUUGAACCAUACACAUUGACCUGUAAGAAGAAUGGAAUUUAAUGCUAAUAUCUAAAUGAAAUGCCAGUGAGUUUGUAACUUUUAUUCGGCAAUGUUCGAGUUGCUGUCAGAAUGCUGGUCAUGAAUGUUUACAACUAAAUGCUUGGGAUCCCAGUAUUUAGUUGUUAUUUUAUUCUUCUUGAUGUUGGCCUUGGCUUAUAUUUUGGUUGGUUUUGGUGGUGGGUAGAGAAUAUACUACUAGCAGCUAAGCUAUUAGUAGGAAUUUGCUGUCUGUGAAGGAAAUACAAACCCUAAUUUAACAUUUUCAAAUAUUGCUUCAAGCUCAAAGAAUGUUUUUUUUAAAAUAAGAGCUUCAAACUUCUGGUCCAUAAAUUAUUUUACUGAACUGAAAAUAUUCCCUCUUACCUUCAUUCUGCUUUAAAAGUACAAAGUUGACUUCUACACUAGUUCUUUGUUUACCUUGACUUCUGUUAACCAGAGGUUUAUGUGCACUUUGUAUAACUGUGAUGGCAAGGGAUUGCAGUACUCAAAAUGCAUUCCAUGACUGCUAUAAAGUUAGAUAAUUUUGAGUCUUACUGUUGGAUAAGGUUUCUUUGAUUAGGAUGAUAUGUUGCAUCUGUCAUUUCAGAAUACGUUAUUUAACCAUAGGGCACAUUAAUCAUUGAGUUAUACAGCGUGGAAACUGACACUUCCGUCCAACUAGUCCAAACUGACCAUGUUCCCAAACUAAACUAGUCCCACCUGCCUGUGUUUGGCCCGUAUCCCUCCAUACCUUUCCUAUUCA